AUGAAUGAAAUUUCAGAUUAAUAUAUUGAAAUAAUUUAGUAAUACAAUAACAAUCUAGAAAAUUUAAAGACUAAAUUAACAUCUGCUAUUGAAAUAAUGAUUAAUGCCAAUAAAAAUUGGAUUAGAGAAUUGAAUUAAAAAAAUAAGAUUUUUGUAUUUAUAGCUUUAUUGAUGAAUCAGAUGAUUAUAUUAGAAAUAGAUAAUAAUAUUUCCAUACAUUUUAAUUUGAUUUUUUUGAUAAAAUGA